CCAAUCUGACGGCCUCACAACAUCGUGUGGGGCACAAAGUUGCUGCUCGGGCGUCAGGUGUUUACACGAUUUCGCGUGCAGUACUUUUUCAAUCUCGUGUUUGCCUCUCGAUCGGAAUACCUUCGGCGAUGGACACCGCCAGGAUGGUGGGUGUCAAAGCAGCCAUGCAGAGGAGAAGACAUUGACGUCCGGUAGCUAGUAGGAGGGGGAGGAGGAGGGGACGGUCACCAUGGCCAUGCGGGGCGCAAGGGGCACCCCCACGGGGCUGCCCCAGGCCAUGAGCCCCGAGAGUGCACUGGCCUCGGACAUCUUCGACCAGUUCGUGUCCGCCGGCACCUUCAAAACGGCUCUGUCCACCUACCGGCAGAUGUGCGACGUGCUACAGCUGAGCCCGUCGCCCCUGCCGGUGUUCUACCCGCGGCUCAAGGUAAAGCUACGGUCGUGGCGAGCCGCCUCUCUCUGGGCCAAGCUGGACAAGCGGGCAGCCCACAAAUGCUACAACCGGGGGAAGGCUUGUGCGGGCAUGCGGGUUCUAAUCAUCGGAGGCGGUCCGUGCGGCCUCCGCACGGCUAUCGAGGCGCAGCUCUUGGGCGCCAAGGUGGUCGUGCUGGAGAAGCGGGACCGUUUCUCACGCAACAACGUCCUUCACUUGUGGCCCUUCGUCAUUCAUGACCUUCGGAGCCUUGGGGCCAAGAAGUUCUUCGGAAAGUUCUGCGCGGGGUCCAUCGACCAUAUCAGCAUCAGGCAGCUACAGCUGAUACUCCUCAAAGUCGCGCUUCUCCUGGGGGUCGAAGUUCAUGAGAACGUGACCUUCAAGGAUCUUCUCGAGCCACCCGAAGACCAAAGCAUGGAGAAAAUUGGGUGGCGUGCUCAAGUACUGCCUGCCGAUCAUCCUGCGUCACAGUACGAGUUUGACGUGCUGAUCGGGGCGGACGGAAAACGAAACACGCUCAAGGGGUUCAACCGGAGGGAGUUCCGGGGCAAGCUAGCCAUCGCCAUCACCGCCAACUUCAUGAACCGGCACACUCUGGAGGAAGCACGUGUACAGGAAAUCUCAGGGGUGGCCUUCAUUUUCAACCAGAGAUUCUUUCAGGAUAUGAAAGAGAGCACAGGCAUCGACUUGGAGAACAUUGUGUAUUAUAAGGAUGACACGCACUACUUCGUCAUGACUGCCAAGAAGCAGAGCCUGCUGGAACGGGGAGUCAUCAUCAACGACUACAGCGACACGGCGCGGCUACUGUCGCCCGACAACGUAGACCGGAGCGCCCUCAAGGAGUACGCAAGGGACGCUGCCGACUUUGGCACGGGCUACGCUCUGCCAUGCCUGGAAUUCGCCGUCAACCACUACGGUCAGCCGGACGUGGCCAUGUUCGACUUCACCUCCAUGUAUGCUGCAGACAAUGCUAGUCGCCUUCUCGAACGGCACGGCCACUGGUUGCUUCAGGGGCUCGUCGGUGACAGUCUUCUGGAGCCUUUCUGGCCCACGGGAUCGGGUUGUGCUCGGGGCUUCCUGAGCUCCCUGGACGCUGCCUGGAUGAUUCGUUCGUGGGCGGCCAAUAGGGAUUCUCCACUGCACGUUCUCGCCGAGCGGGAAUCUAUCUACCGGCUCUUGGCGCAAACGACACCCGAGAACCUGAGCAAGGACAUGGCCGAGUACAGCCUCAACCCGAGCUCGCGGUACCCGAACCUGAACCUGCAGACGGUGCUGCCGUCGCAGGUGCGACCCCUGUGUCGCACCGACACUGAAAUCAAGCUUCCACCACCGGGUCCACGGCUACUCACCGACAUGCAGCGCAAGCGGCGGCGUAGAGACUCCAUCAUCCAUCCAGACGCGCUUCUUUCGUGGUGUCAGAGGCAAGUGGCGCUGUACAGUAAGAUCAAGAUUGAGAACAUGACUUCCUCCUGGAAGGACGGCUUGGCACUGUGUGCUAUCCUGCACCGGUAUCGGCCGGACCUCAUCGACCUAGACGAGCUGUCGACUGCUGAUGUGGCUACAAACAACCAGCAGGCCUUUGACAUCCUGGAGCGCGAGUAUGGCAUCCCGCCAGUCAUGACCGGCCAGGAGAUGGCUGACUGUGCCGUGCCCGACAAGCUGACCAUGGUGUCGUACAUCUCCCAGAUCUACGAAACGUUCCGGCGGGAGAUCCCCCAGGGUCGACCCGCUUACAAAGUCAGCAAGCUCAUCGAGGAGAACCAGCCACCACCCACCUCGCCACUAAACCUGCUCGCCAAGCUCACUUCCUCCCAGAAACCGGCGAGCAAGCGAAAGUCAUCGAGCGAGCACGAACCGGUCAAGGACCGCAGCGAGGGCCAGCGCCGGAGCAGGGUCUCCAUCACGAGAAGCCGGCGGGCCCGGGACCGGGUCGCAGACAUUGUUGCCGGAGGCGACGCGGCCACUUUGGAGCAGUACCACAAGAUCCUCUCGGCCAUGGAUAAGGAGUCGUUUGGGAAACGAAUGCAGGCGCUCCAGGAACAGCUCGGCAACGACUACAGGCCGUCGUCCCGCGGAAGCCGGGGCCGCCGGAGCGGGCACGUCUCUUCCGCGACGGAGGACGAGAGCAGCUCGGUAACGGGCAAGAUUCCGCAGACGGCGGUCGCCCAACUCCAGGAGCAGCUCAACUCCAUCGGCAAGCCGUUGCCCGUCAAGAAGCGGGAGCCCAAGGUCGGCCGCAUCGGCAAGGACGAGUGGAAUGUCAAAAUGCUCGAGGAGCGGCUCAGGCAGCAGCAGAAGCGGCAGAAGGAGCCCAAGGUGGAGCCGGAGAAGCCGCAGAUCCUCCGCGACAUCUUCCAGAGCAAGCGAAACGUCAUGGACGAGCGUCUCAAGGCAGAUGGAAAGGAGACCGAGACGGACCGUGCCCGGUUCACGCACAUCGACGAGAGGUUGCAGCGGCUGGACCGGCAGUUGAAGGAAGGAUCGCUCGACGUCGGGAAGCGGGGAUCGAACCGGGUGGCCGCCAUGGCAGACUACAUCGCCAACGUCCUCGACGCCCAGACGGGUCUGCGGGAAAAGAGGCCGCCUCCUCCGCCGCCAGUAGUUCUAUAUCGAAGUGACUCCGCCGAUGGGGCGAAAACGCCCCCUCUCAAAAGGCCGUCGAUUACGCAGCCACCCGUGUCGCCAGCCAAGCCGGCAGUGGCUUCGAAGCAGCCAGCACCGACGCCAACGACGGCCAAGUUGACGGAUAGUGGUGGUGAUGGUGUUGUCAGUGUCGGUGGUGUCGGCGGUGUCGGUGGUUCAGUGAGUGAAAUGUGCUGCUUCUGUCACAAGCGUGUGUACCUCAUGGAGAGGUUAAGUGCCGAGGGGUUGUUCUUUCAUCGGAACUGCUUUCGGUGCGAGUUCUGCCAGUGCAGCCUUCGGCUGGGUAACUAUGCCUACGACAGCACCAUUGCUUUCAAAGACGGCCAAACUGUUCCUCAGGAUGCUGUAGGUGCUGAAACGUCGGCUGCACCAGGCAAGUUCUACUGCACGGCGCACUUCCGCAUGGAGAGGCCAAGCCAGCGAUGGCAGGAGAUGAUGAAACGCAAGCAGGCGUUCCUGUCGGCCAAUCCCGAACCGCCGUCGUUGAUGCCCGCCAAGCCGGCCAAUGCAGAGGACAACAGCUCUCUACACCGGAGACGGAGCCCGUCACCUCCUCACGGAGGGGCCGGGGAGGGCAUGGAGGAUCCCACAAUGAUGGAGGAAGUCCGGUCACCUCCGGCAGGCACUGAUGUCGGUGUCGUAACAUUUCAGCCCAAGACUUACAAGACUCCGCGCCAGCUGUCAGCCGAAGAGAUGGCCACCCUGGUCGACGUGGACAGCACACCCGAGCGGGUAGAGUUUGAGAACACGCUGGAGCUGCUCUCAGAGGACGAGCUGCUCACGAGUGAGCUCGAGGAGGAGGAGCUCGCCCAGAAGAACCUCGGCGCUGUCGAAGUGCCCACCAGCGACGACGAGUACUCGGACUACAGCUCUGACGAGGGCACCGACUCGGAGAGCCUAGUGGAGGAGAUCGAGCACUCGUUGAACCUGGACGACACUCGCCACAUGGCCGAGACGUGGCAGCGCAAGCAUGCCUCCUCCCUGGACGUGGCCACUGCCACUCAGGACGAGACGGGACACGAGGUUGGCAAUGGCGUUGCAUUGCCCCGAAGCCCCACGAAGUCACCUGGAGCUGACGACGAAGAAGAAAGCGACGAGGAGGACGACGAGGAGACGAGCACAGAAGGUGAAGAAGACUACGAUGAAGGAGAGGAGGAAGAAGAUGAAGAGGAUGAGACAGAAACUGAAACUGGCGAUGAAGACGCAACGAGUCACGAUGUGGACAGUGACGAGGAGUACAGCCCUCCUGACAUGCUCUCCGAUGAUGAACACGGAAGGGCAGCAUCAGCCCAAGUGUGCGAGAACGGUAAAGACAAUGUGGUCUCAGUACCGGUUCCCAUUCUCAACAUGGACAAGGGAGCAGGCGAACAUAAGAGUUCCACUGGAUCAGAUGAUGAAUACAUAUCGGAUGAAGAAGGCAUUACGAUGAGUUCUUCCGACGUAUCAUCCGAGUCUGAGGAAGAGCCCCCGCCUCCAAAACACGAGAUUCCCGUUAUCGUCAUCGACACCACGCCGGGCGAUCAGGACACCGAGCUUGACUGGGGUCCCAAAGAAGUGCGGGCUGCUUUGGGUCACAUGGACGAUGAUGCCUUGGAACCCGAUGCAGGCGAAGUCAUCGACGAAGCCUCACACUUAGGUGCAGAUGCCGCUCCUGAGGGCCGACUCAGUGAUGAGCAGACGACGCCAGUAAGUCCACGGUCGAGCGACAACCAGACGUCCAGCGAUCAACUCUCCGUACAGAAAUCUUCGGCGCUGACGAGGUCAGCUGAAAGCUUGGCAAAUGCCAGCGUCUCUUCAGGUUUGUCCUCUUCGUCCAACGUGGACAAGUUCUCGGAGCCCGUUCAUGCUGCUGGAGAGGCAGUUCCCGCCAUCGUGGAAAACCUGGAGUCACCUUCUCUCACAGAUGUCUCCGAUGUAAGUGCUGCGACGGGCACGGCUCCGUCCAGUGCAACAUCUUCGAGGGCAGACCGCUCGCCCGAGGAAGGCAAAUUAGGCUACGACCUCCUAGUGGAUCGUGGUGGCUCUAGCGGAAGCUCGGCGUUGCCGACUCCCGAAAAAGAGUUCGAGGCCACAUUCGAAUCGGAUGGUGACAUCUCUUCCGAGUCGUCUGCAGUCAGAUUCGAAAAACUUUCUGGUCGAGAAAGCGAAGCAAGUUCUUCGGUCGCCUCCUCGUCUCAUCGCUCGGAGUCCAGCAGGGGGGAUGGAAAGUCAUCGGGUGCAGACGAUUCCAGCUCCGAAGAGCACGGGCCUCUCGUACUGAGGGAACACUCACCCGAUGUCGCUAGGACACCCCUCGAAGGAACAAAAGAAUGCGUGUCUCUAGGUCACAAGGACGUUUCGAGGACAGCCUCUGGAGAACCAGAGCUGUCGGAAGGGGCAUUUCUCCAAGUCUCUACGACUGCCCUCUCUGACCGCCCGGACUCGUCAGAGACGUCGACUACAGACACCAUCGAAGAAGCGACAGUUGUUCACCGCAAGGUGCUCCAUGCAGACGAUGGAGAGCGUCCCCGACGGGAUCUUUACUUGAUCAUAGAGCUUAGAUGUCUUUCAUUUUGCUACAACAAACCUCAAAGUCCUACAGAAAUGUAUGAUGUAGGAGCAGAUGAACAAGAAGCAAGUACAAGAAGUAAAGCAGGUAGUGAGAAGGUAGCUGACAGAACAAAACUCGCCCUUGAUUUGAACAAAGAAGAACUACCAGUGCAAAAGGGUGCAACGCCAGACAUUCUGUCGCCACAAAGUGACGUCACCGACGAGGACACGACGUGUUCGGCAUCCAUCAGCGACCAGGAGGUAUUUCCGAGUGACGCCGACAAGCUUGCCACCCUCGAGGCCGUAGUACCAUCUCCUAUCCCGCAUCCCAUUCCUAGGGAGCUACUGCAUGCCCCUAUCGCGAGCAUGAGUGAUGAAGACGAUCUCACAGCAUCUGAUCUGAGCAGGAGAGGAUUGCAGCACAACAAAUCUGAGCCCUCAGUGUCAAAGAUGACACUUUUAGAAACUAUGAAAGAGGUCCAGGAGGCACUGGGACACGCAGCCACCGCAGCGACUCCCGUGGGCCAGCAGAGCGACGGAGAUGACUUCACCGUCUCCGAAUGGGCCAGGGAAGGCGGUGACAAAGAGUCGCUGUCCUUCGUCGAAGACCUCAAGGCAGAGUUUAGUUUCGAUGACAGGAACGUCACGCGCAGGCGCAGGAGAAAGAGAGUGUCGUCUGGCAACAAAGAAAAUGCAGAGGAAGCCGUAGAGGCUCGUCUCACAGAGCCUUCUCAACCCCUUGACACUGCCUUAACUGUAGUCACUGGUGGCCACGAUGUGAAGACCAGUUUACAAGUCGAUCCAGCCGCUGCAGAAGUAUCUAGACAGAACAAAGGCCACUCGCCCAUUCGAGAACCACCCAGGUAUCAAGGUUACGGCGGCUCGUUCGUGGAAAAAGUUCGUAGCCGUUCGAGCGAAGGCACCGGCACUGGAAGCGGUGAGCCCCAGGUACCAUCGGGCGACGUCAUCUACCUCAGGUCUCUCAACAUCAACUUGCAGAGACUGGACUUCCCCUCGAUUCGCUCUUCAUCCCCCAGCAGCCGCGGAUCCUGCGAAGAACUGGACUCUGACUGCGGGCUUACCACACCUCCCGUAGCACGUUCAGUGCCUGUCAAGAUUGAGAGACCUGUAAAAAGUGCGGAUCCGCGGAUUCGUGUUAGGCCUAACCAAUUUCCGGAGAGCUUCCCCGUGUCGACAUCAACGCCGCUGCGUCCUUGUGCGGACCCGGUGACGGCCAUGCUGAUGAGCCGAAGAGAACUGGCUCGCAAGAGCGUGCACGAAGACAUACAGAACCUGCCUUACUUUGACAGUCUCAGUCUAGCUGGUGACUUUGACGAGUUCAGGACGCCACCAGAGGCCAACACACCGACAGAGACUUUCGGAACACCUCCCACCUCGCGUCCCGGUUACCUUUCAGCGCUGCACGCGGCCACCGACCCCGAACGGGAACGAGCAAGGCGCGAAGCCCGUGAACGUGCUAGGCUAAAAAGUGAUGAGGAGCUAGGUCUGAGCCCAUGCAGUUACCGGAAAAAAUAUGCGCGCACACCGGCCUUCGACGAGAUUACACUUACAGACCUCCUAGAUCAAGAGGAUGAGACGUUCAACGCACUAGACGACAGGUCAUCGCUGCGAAGUUUCAGCACAGCUCAGCACAGACUGGCGCAGUUUGAAGAUGACGAAUUUGGAGGGGGCCUGGACGACAACGGCAAUGACUCCGCCACACCAGUUGCAUCACCGGCUAGGUCCACAGACGACCUCGAUGGGAUUGACGACGUGGUUGUGGGCGGCAUAACUCUCAUGGAUCCUUACCAAAUUCGGGCCGACGUUUGGAAGCCCAAGCCACCAAAGCCCAAGCGACGCCUGUUUGCCAGGAACGAGGAUGAUGACCGGAAGACUGCACCGUCUCCAGCCGCAUCGACGACUAGGAGAAACCUUCUGUCUUUCUUGGGCUUCAACCGAAGCAACAGCGGAGGUGACAGUUCGGCUGCAACGACGAAGGAGAAGAAGGAGAGCUACAACCGCGAGAAGGCAGCCAAGGAUGUCGCCGAGAACGAGAGGACGAAAAGCUUUUCGAGGUUGCGGCUGUCCAAGACGCCGCGGCCCGAGAAGUCCUCAUCUCCGAAGAAGGUACCGGCGGCAAAGUCUGACAGUGCGCCUUGCUCGACGGAGAGGGUCAACGCCUCUCCUGAACCCGCGGCUCCCAAAGGAGCUGCCGCUGUCUCAUCGGCUUCCAGGCAGCACUCACACCAACCUCGGCCCGUUGUCCGCGAGGAGAUGAAAAAGCACAUCAGCCUGGACAACCUCAAGUCGCAGCCGAUGCAGCUGCCGGCCAAGAGCAGGAGCAUCGAGUUUGGCAUCAUGACAGCACCAAGAGCAACAGGCGAAGAAGACGGUUUUGCAGACUCCGAUGACCGGGACCUCGACGGAGUUGCUGAGGCUGGUGGGACCUGUGACAAAAAAGCCAAGGCCAUCGAUCCACGCAAGCUUGAGCGGCUGACGCUGCGGGUUCAGCGUCAGCAGGAGCGGAAGCGGCAGCGGACGGCCCAGGAGCUCCAGCGGCGACUCGAGGAGAUCGAAGUGAGUCUGCGCUCCCUGGAGCAUCGGGGCGUCCUCGUGGAGCGAGCCCUCCGUGGCGAAGAGGAUGAUGAUGAAGAUCUUCAGGCAGAAGAGAAGGACCUGACGCAAGUGCUGUUUCGGUUGAUGCGGCAAAAGAACAAGUUAUCCAGGGAGGAGCAAGAGCUGCUGAUAAGGGUCAAGGACCUGGAACUAGAGGACCAACAGUCAAAACUUCAGCAGGAGAUGCGGGAACGCAUGGCCAUUGACGACUCGGAGAAGUCUCCUCGAGACAUUGAAAAGGAGCGGGAGAUCCUCAAUGAGAUGCUGGAAAUCGUGGAGAAGCGGGACCGGCUAGUGGCCCAGAUGGACCAGCUCAGGAUACGGGAAGAGACAGAGGAGAAAGAACUCGCCGCCCGCAUACUGACGCAAGGUGCUACUUGAGAGUGAUUAUUCCUAGGUACACCCAGUCAAUAGUCGAUGCCACCCCUGCCGCCCGAGGAACAAGCCGCGUUUUGUCGAGUCAUCGCAGGCUUUGCCACCGUUCAGCCCGGCCCACUUAGCAUCUUGCCAUUGUUGCUCACUCGUUUCUCGCCACUAGUGAACCUGCCUAGGCUACUCACCAAAAGAAGGGCAUGCUGCGCUUUGCCAACAGGCCUGCCGACAUGACACCGCUACGUUAUCAACGUGUUGCCAUGGUUUUGCCAAUGUGAUGCGAUGCGAUGCUGUACCGACACGUGUGCACCGUUGCCGAUGUGAUGGCGACGAGUGUCUAGGGUAUUGCUUCGUAAGAGGAAACUUUGCCUCGGACAUAGCAUUGUUUCUUGCAUUAGUUUUCAAUGAGAAAUGGAGAGAUGAUUUUUUUUUUGUAGGAAAGUUUCGUGCAUAAUUCCAUGUAGCAGGAAGUUAAAUUCAAAUUGCCAGUGGAAGCGAAGUUCUUGCCGUUGGCUUUUUAGACGAUAAUGUUGCUAAAUAUUUCUACUGGUACAUUUAGCAAUUCACCAAAUAGCAAGCUGUUAAUCACUUGUAUGAUAUAUAGCAUUGUGUCUUUUAAGCUAUGACGUGUCUUUUAACAGAGGGCCUAAAUUGUAGCUCAUUUACAGCUUUUUGUGUUCUUAACAAGCGUGCGUAAACAAAAUUCAAUGAAAUACAGCAAAUCGCACAAAAAAAAGAGAAAGAAAACUGACCUGCUAGAUUGCAACUCACGUUAGUUACAUGAUUAACCGUGUUCAUUAAAGAGCUCUACCGAUGCAGCAUUUAAGCAAUGAAAGACAUAUCGCGCAGUGAGGUGUAAGAAUCUUGCCCACUUGAAAUGCUCCUUCAAGUGCAGCGUAUAGGAUUUUGACGCCGAGUUUCAAUGCCAGGAGAGUGUAUUUAUUGUUGUUCAUUGAGAAAGUAUUGUUUGAAAUUUUUUUUUAAUAUUUCGGUUUUUCAGGCAGCUCUUUUAGAGAAUUAAGGGCUUUAGUGAAUGUCUUGCAUCCAGGGGAAUUUACGUCUUUUAUAAAUGAAAUAUUCUUUUAUCAUAAGCAAUUUCUCUGUUUAUACAUAUGCAGGAGAAGGUGAACGAGUGAACGUUUCCUCUUAAGAAGCACCGUUUUACGGAGGAGCUGGUUUUCUGACGUUUUCUGACAUUUUCUGUCGUCACAGUGCUGCGUUUACGUCAGGCGCCUCGGGAGUUCAUUGACACGCUGGUCUUAUUCUGGUGGUGCUGCUACCGUGCUAAAGCAGGUUUUGCAGCGAUUACUACACACACAUGUGAUUCACCUGUUGUGACUAUUGCGUUUGUUGUCUUUUUUUUUUCUUUUUAUUCUCCUAGUGAAAUGCAGUAUAGCUUACACAAGUGAACAAAAACCGAUGUGGAGCUUUGAUGGCGUAGGCAGUCUGCUUUAGUGCGUACGUCAGCAUUCUUUGGAGUCUCGUGUCUCUGCGCAAAGGCUGUAGGAUACUCAAACGUCAGCAACUGCUUGGCGUGCCAAAUCAACCUGCGACAAGUUUUGUUGCUUGAGAUUAGAUAUUUUCUGGAUUACAUGUACUAAUGUGUACGAGAGGGCGUGAAGCAUGAAAUUUAAUUAUAAUUUUGGCAGCUUGGGAAUUGCUACGUCCGUAAUGAGCAGUCAUGCAGUGAAUUACACUGCGGUGAAGUCUGCCUUGUGUGCUGUCCAUUUAUACUUUUUCAUUAAGAAAAAUAAAUAAUGUGCGUGUGUGAAUGCUAUGUCAGUGUAAAUGUUUUUUUUUUCAGCCCAUUGAGUUGUCAUUGAAUCCUCUGGCAACUGACCAAAUCAAGAAUUUGCUCAGUCUUUUUUUUUUUCGGGAAUUUAAGAGAGGCUCUUCGAUCAGAUUUUUUAUUUGGUUUUCAGAGGAUAUUUUAAAUGGUUUUUGAUAAAGUCACUUUAAUACACACAAACAUGAAUAUGUCCCAGCACUAAAAAAAUAA